AUGACUUCUUUACAAGCAAAAGUCGACGCCGUCAAAGCGGCAGUCUCGUCGACGUCAACAUGCACGCCAGCAACCGUCGUAGCACUCAAAGAGCUGCUGCUCCCAGAUUCCGAGCCACUGUCUUCGAGAACAAAGUCCGCUGCUGCUCUAUCUACGAAAGCGACGUCUUCUGCGCGAACGAAAAACGGCGCCGGAAGAGGUAAUGCCUCCAGCUCACAAACCGAAACUCUGAGCUCCCGCGAGAGAGCUGCUUUGGCGACCCAUGUCAUCAACGUAACGCUCAAGACCCUGUCCGAAGUAGCGAAGCCUCCAACACCUUCGACACCUUCGAAGCAAAAUGGCGACCUUCGAGAAGCAGCAGGGAAGCAGUCAAUCCGAAGAUCUCUGUCUGCACCGCUUUCUCCCGUACAGCCCAGGGCACUAAAUCGUGCGGUUGCGUCUUCCAAUAGUGAGGCGACUCUGACGAAACCACCCGCGCCGGCCCAAUCGACGGGAUGCCUUGCUACAGUAGAGUGUGCACGUGUUGCAUUUGGUGCCCUUCGAUCCCUCAAAGGUCUACCAAAACCUGAAGAGGCGGACUUUCAGCUAGAGACGGGCAUGUCUGCGCUGGUAGGGAAGUUGCUGGGCCUGGGGAUGCAUGAUCAGGCUCUUAAGGAGCUGAGAGUACUAAAACGAAGGCUGGACAGUAUAAUUAGCGGGAAACACUCGGCGAGUACGAAGGGCGGGCCCGAAACGACCAGCACCACCGCGGUAAUCGCCGAUUUGUUGAAUUUCCAGAGCGCCAUCGCGAAGCCUUGCCUUGCGACCAUCACAGGCUAUCAGAUGCAGGUUUUGAAGUUGAUUGCAGCGACCAAAAAGCCGUCUCACAUCGAAGCCAUCCUUCCCUACCUUGGCGAUUCAUAUGCCUCGUCCCCAUUCAACCUCCUGUCUGCUCUCGCCAAGGAUGGGGCGAAGGAGGUUGCAAAGGCAGCUCGUCAAAUGGCGUCCUUAUCGCAGAUUCUCUUGUCCCUUGCGCCGAGCAUUUCUAGUCAAGAAGAUGCAGUAGCUAUCGAACCACGCCUAAGCCCAUCUCCUAGCGCCGCCUUUGAGUUACAGUCUUUGGCUUUCCGGAUACAACUGAAGUGGUGGAAGCUAGCUAAUCAUCAGGGACAUGUCGACAGUGACCUGCUCUCGCCCUUCUCUCGCUGCCUACGAGCUUACACCCGACGGCAAAAGCUAGACAAGGGUCCCGUUUACCAAAUAAUAUCCGCAUCAUUCGACGCAAUAAUGCAGCUCGUUCAUUCCCAAAAGUAUCUCCCGGAAACAUCAUUCAACUCGCCUCUAGCAUCAAUACACCAUAUUUUAGGAUCCGCAGCGCAAGCAGAACGACGAUAUGCCGAAGCCCACUGUUGGUUCCAAAAAUUGAAAGGCUCUCUGGUCACAGGGCAAGACUCAUCUGUUCUCAAGUGUGCAAUCUCUGCGCGCCUCCUUGCUGUUGCGCUGAAGAAAGCCGACCUGGACCAAGAUGUCGAGCCUCUCCUUGUCGAGGUCAUUGAAGGGUUGGAUGGAAGUCUAAGUGGAACCAUGGCGGAGCUGAACGAGCUUCUCGAAAGCCUUUCGCUGGCAAGGCGCUCCGUCGUCGGCCUCUUGAUGACAUGUAUAGGGCCAAAUGCGCCGAAAAGCACUGUUUCGAGCUCUCUCACAAAUUAUCUAAAGACCUUCAUACUCAAGUAUCCACGGUUUGUACGCCGAUGGAUGGGGCUGCCUCCAGGCAAAGACGUGCCGCCUAAGCAUAUUCUCCAGUUCGAUGAGCGCCGGCAGCUCGUCGCACAAUCCUUAGGCCAGACUCUUGACGCUACCCUGAUGGUCAUCAAGUGCGAUAUCCAAUCCGAAGAGAGCGGAUGGCAAGCCGUCGACGAUGUGCUUCAGCACUGCGCCUCGCUUCUCGAAUCCAUGGGCAUUUCUAAUCUAUCUACCACCAAGAUUGGUAAUCUUGGCACCUAUUCCGUCAAGAUCUCGAGCCUUUAUUUCUCUGUCUUUUCUCAGCUUCGAAAGAAGUCCGAUCGAUCCAAAGACGAGAAUAAGCAUCUCCUUCAAGCUUUGAAUCGAUCGAUUGAUGUCAUUAGAAACUGUACGGAGGCCGAGCAAGAGAAAGCACAGCUAUCGACAAAACUAGAAAUAUUCGCAGACAUGUGCAAGAGCUCUGGCAGGACUGACGAUGCCGUACGCACGUUACGAGCAAUUUGCUCCAAUAUGGCUGAGAACGGCGCAUUAUCUGACGUUGCUACCGCUCUCUCCACUCAGUCUCCAACUCUGGCGUGGGCUAUGAACGACAAAGUCUCACUCAUGUCACGCAGCUUGCGUUCUUUGGCUAGAAUCGACAAAGCGUGGAACGAGUGGACCUUUCCGCUUCCUGAGGCAGAGCGUGCCGCGGUUCUCGAGCAUUUGACGUAUGUCAGUGUCAUUAGUUCAUCCUCAUCACUCCAAUCACUAGGCCUGCACGACGCAGCAGUGGCCGCGUUGCUUCGUAUGUACUCGUUGGAGAAAUACCCGGUUCGCCGCCUCCGUGUGCUGCUGAAUCUUUACUACCAAAGCGUGGGGGAAGAAGAGCAGCUACUGAAUAUCGUCUCGCUUGCUGAAGAAACGUGGGGACAUCUAGAAGCCGGGGCCAGGGCGGAAGAUGCCUCGUUAUCUCAUUUUAUCCCGCACUUACAAGCAUAUUUUACCUCCAUCUUUGCAUUGACGCACACGGGUGGAACGAUGUCGACGAUGAUUUUUCAGGCAAUCGACUCUUGGAAAAGCAUCAUCAGAACCUGUCAGACGCAAGACCAGCUUUGCAUGGUAAUUGACGAUCCCCAAAGACUUCUCGAUCAUCUGAGAUCACUACACCAGCUUGCGGGCCUAAGGGGAGUGACACGUCUCCAACUCGCAAUUUCUGAGCUUAGUAUCGCCAUAUCGACGGUAUUUGUUGGAUCUGCGGAAGCUACCGGUGAUGGCUUGAUCCUUGGUCACAGCCAACUAGCAGCGCACUACGUCAACGUUGGACUCUUCCCUCAAGCUCUAAAGACAAUAGAACAGACCCAAGAGCUCCUCACCCGCUACGAUGGCUUAUCCCGUCAAGUUCUUGUCGAAUUCUACCUCUCCCAGGCCGAGUAUUGUACGGGCGUUGGCAACAUGAACGCUGCUCUCGAUUCGUUAUCCAAAGCCGGUGAUAUUUGCAACGCCCCAUAUUCCUCUUGGGCUCCAAGCAAAGCUCAUGCAUCCAUGAUAAUGUCCAUCACCUUACUGCUUCAGUCCAUUGCCACUCUUCAAAGUGGAGCUAUUCAAGACGCCCUGUCUUCUGUGAAGAUGAGUGUUCGCAUGCUUACUCACGAUUGGACCAAACUAGAAGCAGCGCUAGGAGCCGAUUCGAAGAGCCCAGAUGCCAGCGUAUCGGAUUUCAACGCCAGCAGCACAGAUUUGGCUUCGACGAAAGGAAAAGUAACUGGCCCUCGAUUCUGGACUUUAGCCAGUCCACUUCUUCGAAGCCUCUUACAUAUCUCUUCUGUAUACGCUCAUAUUGGAAUGUACCAGGAAACUAUCUAUUAUGCCGACUGUGCCUGGAAAAUUGCGGAGAGUACUCAGUCUUCGCUCUACAUAGCACAAGUGGCUGCAUGGACUGGCUCUAUUUAUUUAAAGGCCGGAAAGCUGCCUAAAGCACUUGCUACCUUCAAAGAUGCAGAAGAACAGCUGCCGCGCGAUACCUGUUCUGCUCGUGUUCGCUUUGCUCGUCAACUCGGAGAGUUUUAUUGGGAAAUCGGAGACGAUGAGAAAGCUGCCGAAUUUUUGAAAAUAGCUGAGGAGACUGCCCAUCUCCUCAGCAUGCCCCAGGAUGAAACCAGCGCCGAGUCUGUUCAAGUUCAAAAAUCUUCUUCAGUUCAAAAACCCAUUGAGAAGCCACAGAGUGCCGAAUUCAUCAAAGUUACGAAAGCAAAGAGAACAACGAGGUCAAAGGCCAAAGUACCAGCCGCCCCCAAACCCGCAAAGCGAGACUCGCCCAGGUCUAAGACACUUGUCGCAGGAGAUAUCGCUCAACUACCCAGGGAUAUAUACUAUGCAUCCCUACACGCUGCCAUCAUCAUGUCUCGUACUUUAGGACUCAUUUACCAGAAAGAGUGGGCAUCGGCUCUACAGGCUCUAGAGAAGGUCAAAGAUUUGCCCAAGCUUGUCAGCGUACUCUCUCAGGAGCAAGUAAUGACGGCCGUAUCAUUAAUUGGAUGCAGCAUGGAGCAGAUGAUUUCCGAUCCUGUCUUCUCUGUAAUGCAAGACUCAACUAUUUCUUUCCCUGCUGUCUCUCCUUCCGUGGCUCUAUCCGCUCAAUUGUCAGAUAUGCAGCUAUCGAUGAAAAAUGAGCUUGCUGCAGAAGAGACUCGGAAGAAUAUUGACUAUCCUGCAUUUGCAGACGCAUUAGAGCGAGCACAAGCGCUUCUCGUAGAAGCUCACGCUUCUGCUCUGUCCAAUGCCGAUAGUAGCAUAGUUCGUCGUAUCUCCACGCUGCUUCAAAGCACAGUCAUUUUCUUGUCGGCAACAUUGGCUUCAAAGUCUCUUCCACAAACAGGGCUGGGUACGAUUGCUGUAGAUAUGGCUCGGAACGUGACGUGGCAGCGAGAGCAGCAGACUAUGGCCGGGCUCAAUAACGACACAGCCCCUAUUCGUAUCGCAGUUCCAGUUGCCAAGCUGCCGACAGUAGAAGCUGUGGCUGAUAUGGCCAACUUUCAGGAGAAAUAUGUGGAUUUGAUCCCAGAGAAGUGGAGUGUUGUCUCCAUUUCACUGAGUGAUAACCAUCAUGACUUGUGCAUCACCAAAUUCCAAGCGAACCAAGGACCGUUUGUUUUGCGUCUUCCAUUGGAAAGAGCCAACUCUCGAGAUGCCGACUCCGAAGUUUUCAACUUUAAAAACGGCCGUGAAGAAUUAUUGGAAUUAAUCAAACUGGCAAAUGAAAGCAGUCACUCUGCACGAGACUUUACAGCCAAAGGAGAGCGUGGAGCUUGGUGGGCAGAGCGAGAGGCUUUGGACUCUCGAUUGAAGCGGCUCCUGAUGACUAUCGAAGCUACGUGGCUGGGAGGAUUCAAGGGCAUUUUUUCGCAGCACUGCAAGCGGAUGGAUCUGUUGGCUCGCUUUAAGAAGGACUUUCACCUAAUGCUUGACAGAAUUCUGCCGUCUCGAAAAAGCCGAGGGAAGAAGACGGCGACCAAGACGGAGGCUAUUACUUUGGAUCCUCGGAUUCUCGAUCUCUUCAUUGGACUGGGCAACCCAAUUGAUCCUGACUGCGAGUUUGAUGAGGCGCUUAAUGAUUUGCUUUACUUUGUUGUGGAUAUUCUGCAGUUCCACGGCGAACGGAACGCAUACGAUGAGAUCGACUUUGACGGAAUGGUCCUAGAGACCUACGAUGCUCUGCGUGCGUAUCACAACGCUGCUGGUUCCUCGGAGAGGGAGGAAGGGACACAUACCAUACUCGUACUCGAUAAACUCCUUCACGCUUUCCCGUGGGAGUCUUUGCCUUGCAUGGACGGUCUGUCUGUAUCUCGAGUGCCUUCGCUCGCAUGCCUUCGGCAACUCAUUCAGGAUGCUGGGACAAGUCCGGCAAAGGAACUACAAGGCCACUUUGUUUCCGCCAAAGCUGGUACCUACGUCCUUAAUCCUUCGUCUGACCUGAAGAAUACGCAGACAUUCUUCCAGUCAGCUUUUACAACUCUCUCAUCGUGGAACGGUAUCAUCAAUAAAGCGCCAAAGGAAUCUGAAUUCGAAAAGGCCCUUUCGACAUCCGAGAUUAUGGUGUACUUUGGUCACGGGAGCGGUGCCCAGUAUAUUCGCGGAAAGACGAUUCGACGGCUGGAAAAGUGCAGGCCAGCAACGUUCCUCAUGGGCUGUAGCUCCGCUGCCCUCACCGACGCUGGAGAAUUUGAAUGCUACGGCCCAGUUUGGAACUAUAUGAUGUCCGGUUGUCCCGCCGUGGUUGGUACGCUCUGGGACGUGACAGAUCGUGACAUCGAUCGUUUUGCAGGCAGGACUUUUGAGGAAUGGGGCCUCUUUGCCAGAGGCACAUUUGAUGGCGCCACGAGCAAGGGCAAAGGCAAGGCUAAGAGUCGUGAUGAAGAAGACGAUGAAAUGAGCCUCCCUGGAUGCGAUGGCGCUCCUCCAGGCGAUGCUUCCCUUGCCGAAGCGGUAGCAGGGGCGAGAAGUGCAUGUCGUUUCAAGUAUCUUAAUGGUGCGGCGGUAGUGUUUUAUGGAAUUCCGGUUUACAUCAAGAAAGAAUGA